AUGGAUCCAUUCGGAAUAUUGGCUCUACAAAAUGCUUUAGCUGGUGCUUUAUAUUUUUAUAGCAUGUCUCUAAACUGCAACAUUGUUUCAAAUGUUUCUACUAUGAAAGGUUUUUGCAAGACUCUGAAGGCUAAAUUCAUAAAUCCUUCACUUAAGCAACGUGCUGUGGUAAGUGCCUGGAAAACCUGCCUUGUUAUCAAUGCGAUAAAUCUCACUUCAAUUAAUAAAGCCUAA